CAAAAAGUUAUUAUUUUUAAAUUAAACUAAUUAUAUCGAUGUCUUCAUUUUGUGAUCUAAAUAUUAUUACCAAGCGAAAUGAAAACUUAUAUGAAAAGGUCAAAGCUUCUCUCGAACUGGGCUACCGGAAAAUAGCAUUGAAUCAAAUAGUCGACUUUACCGAGGAUCAGAGUAGUGCUGCUGCUAAGGACAAUAGCGGAACUAACACAAAAAAACGCAAGAAAGCUCGUGUUUCUAUCUCUAAAGAAGACUUGAUACCAGAUCCCCUGGAGGUUAGCUUAGAAUCGGUACAGAGAUGUAUUAAAGAUUCGGAAGUAUUAUCCCGAAAUUGCAAAAGUGUUCAGAUUUUGCAGAGAAUUACAUUCGUUCUCAAUGAUAUCGACCAAAUAAGGCUCGUUAAAAGUUCUAAGGCACAAAAAUUUGACUUGAUAGCCGUGGCACCUGCCGAUCAAAGAAUAUUUAUGACCUGCUGUGAAUCUGUGCCGGAGAUCGAUAUAAUUUCCAUCGACACAUCCCAAAAAUCGUCGAUCCGGUUUAAAAGAUCUAAUAUCCGAUCUGCUGUGAACAAAGGAAUCAAUUUCGAAUUCAAUUAUUCUCCUGCUAUUCAUAGUUCGUGUUAUCGUCAAAAUUUGAUUAGCCAAUUGUCGAUGCUGCUUUGCAUCGAACCGAGGAUAAAGAAUGUGAUGCUAAAUAGCGGAGCCCAGAAGUGUUUGGAUAUGAGGGGACCUUACGAUGUCGCGAAUUUAGGCAUACUAUUCGGAUUUAAGGAAAAUAAUUGUUCCGCUCUUUGCGGUUCGGUCUGCGAAAAUACUAUUCGUCACGCAGAACAUAGAAAAUUUAACAAGUACGGCGUCAAAAUAUACGAUCAACCUGUAAUAAUCAAGGGUGAAGUUCCCGACAACAUCAAUCAACAUGAAAAAACGUUUCAAAACGACGUCAAGGAAUUCAACGAAAAUUUAAUAUUAAAAGAAUUGAUAAUGGAAGAAAAUCAUCUGGAACAAAAUUGCUCUCUAUAUAUUUUAAAUUCUAAUACAGAUUCUGUUCCAGAUGUUACACCCUCACAUAAUAAUUGA